GAACUUCAAUGGAAGUGGUAAAAGAACUAGGGUUUAGUGCGAGUGAUGACCCUGAUGAAGAGACUAAGGAUAAUUGAAUUGCAUAUAAGGUGUAUCUAGGAUUCUUACUUGCUUUGUCUGUAGUAACAGUGAUGCUAACUUGAUGGUGGACAACUAAAUUCUGUCUGAUUUUCAAAACUCGGAAAUAAGCUGCAAACCCUUUUCUUAUUUCUAGUGACUCUCUCUUCCAUUGCAAGAUUGGGAUAUUUUAUAACUGAAUUUUUCUGGAGGCAAGGAGAAUGAAGCCACUCACCAUCAAGAUGAGGAGAAGCUCCUGUUUAUUGGCUUUCAUCAACUCUGUUUUCCUCUGCCAUCGUUGUAAAUAUAUUCAAUUGGAUAUAUCAGACCCUAAGAAUGAGGAAAUUUAUAACGGGAGUUAGACAAAAGCAGACUGUUCAUCAUAUAGUAUUUGCUUCAUUUUCAGGACUAGUACUAGUUGCAUACAUCGCAUUUGUAAUUGCAAUGUGAGCACUUGAUAAAAGUGAGGUGGUUUUAGCUCGAACCUUUACACUUAUCUAUGCAAUAACCUUCUUCCUCAUUGGAGUGGUCUUCAUAUUUGUAGGAUGGAAAUUCUACAGAGAGUAUAAAAAGUUCUUUGAGGAAAAAGCAAGGAAAAUCAGAAUGAGGAUUCUUUUAAGUAUCUUAGUAAUCUCCAUAACUUUUAUAUUGAGAGGAUUUGUGAAUGUUGCAUAUUUUUGGAUAGACCUGAAUGUCAGGUUUAGAGCUCAAUGGCUCAGAAAUAACUCGUUCUGGUAUCCUGUGCUCAUGUUUUCCUACUUCACUAUCACAGAAAUUAUCCCAACAAUAUUCCUCUGAAUGGGUGUUAGAAAUAUCUCUCACCAGAUUGAAAGGAAGAAAGAAGAAAAUGAAGUCCAAUACAAUUUGGCCAUUACUGACACUUCUAAUAUGUCUAUAACAGAGACCUUAAACCAUGAUUCUGUCGGAUCAUUUUCAAGAGAUUCACAAAUUUCAACAAGCAAAUAGAUUCAUCUUUAAGUCAAAAUUAAAAUACUCAA